CAGAGCCUGCAGACGAAGCCAGCAAAGCAAGAAGAGGCGUGAAGUUAGGAAAAGACGAUGCACGGCACAGUCAUACAGCCAGAUGUUCAGAAGUAGGUGGAGGAGAGAGAACGAGGCUGUGACGAACCAUGGGGCGUUUUGGAAGUCGUCUGUUUCUGCUGCUGCUGAUUUCUACAGAUGUUUAUGGAGCGUCAUUCUACGGUGAUGGCUUCAUCCACCUGCGAACCGCGGAGACGUCCAGUCAGACAUUGGUUCAUGUCCGAUUCCGAACCGCUCAUGAAAGGGGGUUGUUGUUUUUGGCAGCAGGACGCAGAGAUUUCGUGCUGCUGGAGCUGAUCUCCGGGCGCCUGCAGGCCCGUCUAGAUUUGGGCUCAGGUGAGCGUUCUCUGCUCUCGGAGCAGGGCGUUUGUCUUAGCGACCUCGCGUGGCACUCUGUUGAGCUUAUCCACCACCACCACCACGUCACCAUGACCGUUGACCGGAAUUCUCGCACUAGCGCGCGACUCCCAGAUCCAGAUGUGGAGCUCAGCGUCGACCGCGGGCUGUUUGUUGGCGCGGCAGCUGGGCUCGAGCACCCCUACCUUGUCAACAUUUCCACCGGGUUUAGAGGUUGCGUGGAUGAAGCUGUCUUCAAUGAACAUAACCUGUUGUCGAGCUUAAAGUCAUAUUCUACGUACAAACGUGUCCAUGAGGUCUCUCUAGGCUGUAGUGCACAGUUUUCUGCAACGGAAGAAGAUCCUGUCAGUUUUUUUAGCUCUAAGUCCUUCAUGGCACUAGCUCCAUGGGAGGUACCACAGGAGGGGGUGAUUGAGUGUGAACUGUACCCACCUGCAAAAAAAGAAGACGGCUUGGUCCUCUACAGCUCCAGCCACAAUGGGUUUGUUGCUGUAGCAAUCAAAGAAGGUCACUUGGUGGCAACAGUAGGCACCAGAGAGGGGAGUCAGACUGAACUGCGUUCGUCAACCAACGUCCAGAGCAACCACAUGUGGCACCCUAUCCAGCUGCAGCUGCUGCCUCAGAGCAUUCAGCUGAAGGUGGGCGAGGAGCUAAUCAAGACCGGCCUGAGUCCAGAGCUUCGGGGCGUCCGGCUCAAAGGGCCUCUUUUCCUGGGAGGGUUGGAUGAAGAAGCCCGUAGGGAGGCGCGGCGAGCUGGGCUGGUUUCUGCCUCCACUGGACGAGGAACCUCCUUCAAAGGCUGCCUCAGAGACCUGAGGGUGAACGCCCAGAGAACGGGUCUACCUCACGCUGCUGUCACCAAGGACGUCACUGUGGGCUGCAAAACGGGCCAACCUCCAGAGACGGUGACCGCCGAAAGCCCAACGGAUCAGUCUGCGUUUGCUACAGCUACGCAAGAAGUUGGCGCCAGGAAGAAGAAUUCUAGCUUUUUGUUGCUAAGAAGGUUGGAGGUGGCAGAGGGAGGCCGGGUGCCUCUGGAGCCGAAGCACAUCAAAGUCAACCUUGAUAUCCGGAAACUGGGCAUCCGUCCAUCCCAACUCAUGUUCAGUAUUGAGGAGCAGCCCGUCCACGGUCAGCUCCGCCUAGACUCAUUGGAUGAAGGGCACGAGAGGACUGUCACAACAGGGGCAGAAGAAAAAGAUCUGACUUUUAGCAUGCUGGACCUGUGGCACGGCCGUGUGAUGUACAUCCACAGUGGCUCAGAGGACCAGAAUGACUUCUUCAUGUUUUCAGUAUUCGCCAGCAAUAAAAAGGAGCUCCCUGGGUUUCUGAAGGGCAACCGCCUGCUUCGGUUUGAUAUCAGCAUCAUUCCUGUCAACGACGCACCCGUGCUCAGCCUUCCUGAGGGAAACAUUCUCACUCUCCUGCAGAGGACGAAACAACAGCUAACAACAGAUAUCCUGCGAGUGUCAGACCCCGACAGCCGCCCUGCAGAGCUCGUGUUCAGCUCCCUGGGAAACCUCAGUGCUGAGGCCGGACACCUUGAGCACAAGGAUUAUCCUGGCAGGGCCAUUAGCUUGUUCUCGCUGCAAGACCUGGAGGAGGGUAAAAUCAACUUUGUCCACACUGGAACGUCCACCUCCAGACUGGCCCUCAGGGUCAGCGACGGUCAGAGACUCAGCAACACGGUGGUUCUGAGGAUUCUGGCUGUGGCGCUCGAACACAAGCUAGCCAAUAAUACGGGAGUGGAGGUGAACCAAGGUGAAGCCUGUGUCAUCACCACUAAUCAUCUUGCAGUGCAGGUUAAUGUGGCGACUCAGGCAGUGGAAAUCCGCUACAACGUCACAGAGUUGCCGCGCUUUGGUGAGCUGCAGCGGCUGCACUCGAGCUAUGAAUGGAGGCCGACGACUUCCUUCUCUCAGAAGCUUCUAGAAAAGGAGCGCAUUCGCUACCUCAGCACCUACCGUGGCCUCCAGGCUCACGGCAACGUCACUGACCAGUUCAAAUGUAACGUGAGAAUAGGUUCCACGGCCACGGAGGAGGUCGUCGUUCCCGUCACUGUACGUUGGCUCAGCUUCAAGGUAACGCGCAGCAAGAUGGACGUCAGCGGGGCUCAGGCGGCCGUCGUCACAGGUGAGGACCUCCGGGUGAUUUCUAAAGGUGUGAAACUCAACGAGAGCCAGCUCUGCUUCAGGCUGCUGACGGCUCCAAAGAAAGGCCAGCUACUCCUCAGCGACAAACUGCUCCAGAGCAACUCGACAUUCAGCCAGAAGGACAUAACGGAUGGUUUGGUGAAGUACGAACUCCUUCAGCAGCCGCUCGACGACGCGAGGGACGCGUUCAGCUUCCAGGUGUUCUCAACACACGCUGAAUCGUCAAGCUACGACUUCAGAAUCAGCAUCAAAGCAGAGUCAACAGCCAUGUCUAUUAUCAACAAAGGCCUUUCAGUCCCGGAGGGAGGAAGUAGAGUCAUCAGCAAAGAUGUUCUGUUCACCCACACAGCAGCUGAGCAGGAAGUCCAGUACAGCGUCACCAGGAGCCCAAGGCAUGGCCAGAUAAGAAGGAUCAACCUGUCCAACUCCACCUCCAUCAACGACAACAUCGUGAGCUUCACAAACCAGGACAUCGUAGAGGAGAGGAUCAUGUACGUUCACGACGACAGCGAGACCAAGCAAGACUCCUUCACAUUUCAAAUCCUGGUUUAUAGAGCGCAUAAACAGACGGACAAGAACGAGGACAGACACGCGACCGAGCACGCCUUUAACAUCUCCGUCCAGCUCGUUAAUGACCGGAGGCCUGUGAGGGUCGUGGACAAAGUCUUCCAUGUGGCUCGCGACGGCCAGAGGCUGAUGACGCUGGACGACCUCCGGUACCGGGACGACGAUUCGGACUUCGAGGACGGCUGGUUGGUGUACACUCGCAGAGGGAUUCCCCUGGGAGAACUGGUGCUGGCAGCAAACCCCAGCCAUAGGCUGUAUGAGUUCACCCAGCGGGACCUGGAGCAGAAAAAGGUGUUGUUUGUGCACAGAGGAGUGAGUUUUGGCCGUUUUGUGCUUUUUGUCUCAGAUGGGAAACAUUAUGUUUCAGCACUGAUGGAGGUAAUGGCCCAGGAUCCUUACCUCCAUGUAGAAAACAACACUGGCCUCAUGGUCCAGCAAGGCGGCAUCACUACUCUGACCUCCACCAACCUCAGCGUCUUCAGCAACCUCGACAUCCGAGACCCACGGGAAGUGACAUUCGAGGUCUUCCUCCCCCCCAAACAUGGCGCGCUCUGCUUUGGCGACGAAGGCGGAACGGAAGCAGGUGCGGUUUUGACGUUCACCCAGUGGGACCUGGCGGCGGGCCGCUUGGCCUAUCGCCAUGACGGCAGCCACGAGCUGCUGGAUGCGUUCAAUGUGACGGCGAGAGCCAAGGAGAACGGCACGGAGAGCCGACCGAACAGAGGGAGACGGGAGGCGCACCUGGACAUCGGGGUGUCGGUAAAGGUCUACCUGGAGAGUCACCAGAGGCCACCGACGGUCAUCAGCUGCCGCCCGGUGGUGGUGGCAGAGGGACAGAACGUGUCCGUAAGCAGGGGACAUUUAGAGGUGGUCCACGAGGACAGUCAGCCCUCAGAGAUAGUCUUUACUGUCCAAAGUCCUCCCACCCUGGGCUUUCUUCACUCCCCCAUCAACAAGCAGAAGAGCGGCGACGCAGAGCAGCUCCUCCGUCAGAAUCAAAUUUUUGAAUACAUCAAAAAGCAGCCGAUGACCUCGUUCACUCAGGAAGACGUCAACCAGGGCCGGGUCAUUUACCAUCAGCAGACCAUGGGAAGCAACGACUCUGUUCUGUUGGAGGCUACGAAUGGAGUCACAACGGUUGGUCCCAUCAGGCUGGAGGUGGACAUCCUUCCUGCCCUCCUGCCUCUACAGGUGUCUGACUUGACCCUGGAUGAGGGUUCAUCUCUCCUGCUGACCUCUGACAUCAUCAAGGUCGCCAGUCAUCACUUCUCAAACAUGAACUUCCUGUAUCAGGUCGUGGUUCCGCCACAACGCGGACACCUGGAGCACAGCCGGAUCCCGGGAAUGCCCAUCACUGCUUUCACACACACUGAGGUGGAGCGUGAAUACAUUUCGUACGUCCACGAUGGCAGUGACACACAGGAAGAUAACUUCACCAUCGUGGCCAAUCAGACAGAAAUCACAAAGCACAGUUUGCCACAAACUGUUCACGUCAACAUCAACCCCAUCAAUGACGAGAUGCCCGCGGUUACCGCCAACCGGGGUUUGAAGGUGUGGGCAGGUUCAGCGACUGAAAUAACAACAGCUGAGCUCAGCGCUGAGGACUCGGACACGUCACCGGAGGCUCUGGAGUUCAUCGUGACGCCGCCCAGCAACGGCCACCUGGCUCUGAAGAGGGCGCCCUCCAAGCACAUCCUCAACUUCACACAGCAUCACAUACAGAGCGGGCAACUGCUGUUUGUGCACAGUGGUGCGCUGUCCGGCGGCUUCCACUUCCAGGUGAACGACGGCCUGAACUUUGCUCCUCGUCAGAUCUUCAGCACAAGCGCCCGCUCUCUGUUCCUGACCCUGCACAGAAACCUCCCCCUGCAGGUCUACCCAGGUUCCGUGACGCCAAUUUCAGAGCGAGAGCUUCACGUCGUAACCAACAAUGUCACCGAUAUCAGAGGAAACCCGUCUGUGGCGUUUACUGUGACGGCUCCUCCGAAGCUCGGACGUCUGCUCCAGCGAAUGCCCGACAACUCCACGAGGAACGUCUACACAUUCACACAACGCAUGGUCGAUCAUGGCGUCAUCCUGUAUGACCAGAACAAGCCCGAGUCGGUGGGAUGGGCCGCUACAGACGCCUUCUCUUUCACCGUGUCCUGUCCUCCGGCCGUCCUCCCCCCCCACACCUUCACCAUCCUAAUCUCCUACCAGGCCCACAGACAUGACGGACAGCAUCGGACCGACCUGCUGAACAAUGCAGGUGCUGUGGUGGCAGAGGGAGGCUGGGUCACAAUUGACAGGUCCAGACUCGAUGCCUCCAAUCUUCUGGGCAAAGUUCCAGAGUCCCACCGGAAGAAGCUCCACAUCCUUUACCGAGUCGUUUCUCCGCCACGUCACGGGGUUCUGUCCGUACAAGGCCAAAAUCUGAGCAGAAACCAGCCAGACUUCUCCCAGGCCACUCUGAACAAGUUCGGCAUCACAUACGUCCACGACGACUCAGAGACCACAAGCGACAGCUUCACGUUCCGGGCCUGGGUGGCUCCUUUGGGUCCCUCCUCCUCUUCCUCCUCGUCUUCAUCUCCCGCCUUCCUCGCCGACGCUUCCUCCUCGUUUCCAACUCUACGCGCAGCCUCCUUCCCAUCAUCAGAUGCAGGUUCUCGUCGCCACGAUACGGACGGCCUGGCGGUGACGGAGACGUUCAACAUCACCGUGACGCCGGUCAACGACCAGCCGCCGCUGCUCCGGAGCAGAGCCCCGAGCGCGAAGGUCGUGGUUGGAGAGCGGGUGGUGCUGGGGCCGGACAAACUGCAGGUUGAGGAUCGUGACACGCCUCCAGAGGAGCUGCACUACCUCAUCAUCAGAAAGCCCAGUAACGGGUACCUGACACUUGGGGAGAGGCCGGAGCCGGUGACGUCCUUCACCCAGUAUGACAUCAACCACGGUCGGCUGCACUUCAUACAGAAGGGCGAACCUUCAACUGGAGUUUUCUACUUCAAUGUAACCGACGGUCAUCACCGUCCGCUCUACAAACUCUUCAGCUUGGAGGUGAUUAAACCCUCCGUGUCCAUGGAGAACAACACUGGCCUGUCCUUGACCCAAGGCCGCACUGCUGUCGUCCUGACGACCAAUCAGCUGGCAGCUCGAACCAACGGCCGCAGUCCAGCGAACGUCACCUACACGGUCACGACGCCUCCUCGCCACGGGCGCAUCGCCAUCAACGACCGGGAGGUCACGACCUUCGGCCACGAGGACCUGCAGUCCGGCCGCGUCGUCUACCACAUGACGGAUCUGAGCGAGUCGGAGGACAGCUUUAACGUCUCGGCGUCGGCGUCGGCCCCGGGCGUCGACUACGGGGACGUCUCGCCGCAGGCGGUGAGGGUCAGCGUGCGGCCGCUCAUCUACCUGAGGGAGCCGGUCCGAGUCCCCAGUGGGGUCCCCGUGAAACUGGGCAAGGCCAUGAUCGACGCGUCAGAGCUGGCGAGGAUCAGCCGAAGCGACCCAGUGUUCGAGGUGCUGGUACCACCGAAACAUGGGAAACUAGUCAAGAUGACCUACGACCCCGACCGAGCCUCAGAGGUCCUGAAGGCGUUCACCUUCAGAGACGUGGUCCAGGGCCGAGUUGCCAUUGAGGAGAUUCUGAGUGAGGGCGACGGUCCGUUCCACGACAACAAGUCGACGGUGACGACAGCCCGAGGCCACGCGCCGGCGAGGCCGCUCAACGACUCCUUCGUCUUUCGCCUGAAAGCCGGCAACGUGCAGCCGGCGCAAGGUGAGCUUCACUUCACCAUCCUGCCCCACCACCAGAUGCACCACGGCUCGGGCGCCUUGAACAAAGCGGGCCGCGCCAGUCGCCAGCACGCCGUGACCCGCGGGUCGACCCAUAACGGCACUGCGGCAGGAGGAGGGAGGGGAGGGGGGGGGUCGCACCCCCACGUUCUGACUCACAGGAACCACACCAGGAACCAGCACAGGCAGAGGCCCCACAGCCGCUGGGGGAACCACACAGGUGGGACUUCAGGAGGGAGAUCAGAAAGCGGCGCAGAGGGAGGGAGCCACUCCCACUCCCACGCCCCCCCACCCCAAGCUCCCCCCGCCCAGGAGAAACACGGCCCAGUGAACCCCCCCCACGUCCACCCCGUCCACGUGGAGGUCCUCCCCCGGCCCGCCUCCGACCCCCUCCUCAUCAUCCUGCCUCUGCUGGCCUGCCUGCUCCUCAUCGUCAUCCUGGUGGUUCUGAUUCUGGUGUUCCGGCACCGUAAGGAGAAGCAGGCGCGGCUGCAGCUGAUCCAGGAGCUGGCGGCGGCGCGGCCUCCCGCUGAGGCCGCGUACCUGAGCCGCCCGGAGCGGAGUGCGGCCGUGCCGUCCGUGCUGGUCACCCCACUGGGUCCGGCCAGCUGUCCCACCUCUCCCAGGGUACCCAUAAGCCCCCGGAGGAGAAGUCUGGCCCCGGGGAUGACCUUCUGGGGGCCGUUUGAAUCAGAUGAAGCCUGUGAGGAUGGGAACGUCAAGGCUGAUAACAGUGCUGAAAGAGAUCAUGUAGGAUGUUGCACUACGUUACCAGCUGUCACCUCAGGAUUCAAGGCCUCUGUAACAUCCAGGUCGCCUACUCCAACUCUCAAACACAGCCAGUACUGGGUCUGAUGGACUAAACAGCAGUAGAACUGUGCCUUAGAUGUGUAUUAUUGGUGUCAAGGUCACAAAUGGCAAAACCUCCAGAGAAGAUUUAUGGAUCUGAGGCACAUCUGAUCUGACAACAGCCACAAUGUUGCAGUAAGAACAGAGGAAAGCUAUGGAUGCUGGGUGUAGCUGUGCUGAGGCGACUCUAGAUCUGUAUUUGCAGAAUGAGGACGUGUCCCACAUUUAUUGCAUGGUUCAGGUUUAACGUAGCAUGAGCUUUAACGUCUUGUCAAAUAGACCUGACCUGUUCCUUCAUUCAGAUCUUCAGUCAGCAGGUAGAUUAGUGUGUUUAUAAAUGAGUCCAAGCAUGAAAAGCUUUGAAUUAUUUUGCACUUUCCUGUGUUCUUUGUCUGACUGUCUGUUAGGUUGUGUUCAUUAUCCGUUAUUGAUUGACGUUUGAUCCCUUUCAAGCCUGCGUCUGUUUCUUUGUGCACUGUGAAAGAUUUAUUUUUAAUAAAAGAUCAUUUCUUACAGA